UCACCCUCUCUGCUCAUCACACGCUGAGGACACUGCCAUUUUCUCACUCCAGCACUCAAACCCUUUAUAGAAAACAAAAUCUUCCGCACAGCAGGUCUCUAUAAGCGUAGCAAUUCCUAUUUUAAAGAGAGAGAGAGAGAGAGAGAGAGAGAGUUUGUGUUGGUGAAGAUGGAGAGUAGAACAAAUGGUCAUGCGUGUGCUGACUCAUCAGUCAACAACAAUGCCUCACUUGAGAAAAAGAGAGUGUAUAUCUUCGGCAAAGGAUGGUGCGAGGGAAACAAAGGGAUGAAGUCCCUGUUGGGAGGGAAAGGAGCCAACUUGGCCGAGAUGGCAAGCAUUGGCUUGUCCGUGCCACCUGGACUGACAAUAUCAACCGAGGCAUGCCGCGAAUACUUGCUGAAUGAGAAGAAGUUGCCAGAUGGAUUGUGGGAUGAGGUUUUGACAGCUUUGGAACGUGUUGAGAAGGAAAUGGGGGCAUCACUAGGUGACCGUUCAAAGCCACUUCUCCUCUCUGUUCGCUCUGGUGCUGCUAUCUCUAUGCCUGGCAUGAUGGACACUAUCCUCAACCUGGGAUUGAAUGAUGAAGUAGUGGCUGGUUUAGCUCUGAAAAGUGGGGAGCGCUUUGCUUAUGACUCGUAUAGGCGAUUCUUAGACAUGUUUGGAAAUGUUGUACUGGGCAUUUCUCACUCCUCAUUCGAGGAGAAGCUAGAAAUGUUGAAGAACGCAAAAGGUGUGGACCAUGAUACUGAUUUAUCAGCCUCUGAUCUCAAAGAUCUGGUGGAAGAGUACAAGAAGAUUUACACCAGAGUUAAAGGCGUAGAGUUUCCUUCAGACCCGAAGACACAACUAGAAUUGGCUAUAAAGGCUGUUUUCGAUUCGUGGGACAACCCGAGGGCUAUCAAGUAUCGAAGCAUCAAUCAGAUAAUGGGUUUAAAGGGAACUGCUGUGAACAUCCAAUGCAUGGUUUUUGGUAAUAUGGGGAACUCCUCAGGAACUGGUGUUCUUUUCACCAGGAAUCCAAGCACGGGUGACAAGAAACUCUAUGGGGAAUUUCUCAUCAAUGCUCAGGGAGAGGAUGUGGUUGCGGGAAUUAGAACUCCUCAGGACUUGGAUUCCAUGAAAAAUUGCAUGCCCGAAGCUUACAAUGAGCUGGUGGAGAAUUGUGAAAUCCUAGAAGCACAUUACAAGGAUAUGAUGGACAUAGAGUUCACUGUGCAAGAAAAUAAGUUGUGGAUGUUGCAGUGCCGGACCGGAAAGCGCACUGGUGCAGGUGCUGUGAAGAUCGCGGUAGACAUGGUUAAAGAAGGGCUAAUUGAUAAGCAUACUGCAAUCAAGAUGGUGGAAUCGCAGCAUCUCAACCAACUUCUUCAUCCACAGUUUGAUAAGCCAUCUGCUUACAAGGACAAAGUGGUUGCCAGGGGUUUGCCUGCAUCUCCAGGGGCUGCAGUUGGCCAGGUUGUUUUCAGUGCAGAGGAUGCUGAAGCGUGGCAUGCUGAAGGAAAACAAGUCAUCUUGGUAAGGACAGAGACUAGUCCAGAGGAUGUUGGAGGAAUGCAUGCUGCUGCUGGUAUUUUGACAGCUAGAGGUGGCAUGACAUCUCAUGCAGCUGUCGUGGCGCGUGGUUGGGGAAAGUGUUGUAUCUCUGGAUGCUCAGAUUUGCGGGUCGAUGACAUUGGGAAGAUACUUGUGAUAGGUGACCUGGUAAUCAAAGAAGGAGAAUGGAUUUCGCUCAAUGGGUCAACAGGUGAAGUGAUACUGGGAAAACAACUUCUCUCUCCCCCAGCUUUGAGCAGAGAUCUUGAGACCUUUAUGUCAUGGGCUGAUGAAAUGAGGCAUCUCAAGGUCAUGGCUAAUGCUGACACUCCUGAGGAUGCUGCAACAGCAAGGAAAAAUGGUGCUCAGGGAAUUGGACUUUGCAGAACUGAGCACAUGUUUUUCGCUUCUGAAGAGAGGAUAAAGGUUAUGAGAAAGAUGAUCAUGGCUGUAACGCCUGAACAGAGGAAAGCAGCACUGAACUUGUUGCUUCCUUUUCAGCGAUCAGAUUUUGGGGGAAUUUUCCGUGCAAUGGAUGGUCUUCCUGUGACGAUUCCUUUAGACCCACCACUUCAUGAGUUCCUCCCUGAAGGCCACAUUGAGGAUAUCGUCAGUGAAUUGACAGCGGAGACUGGUGUUAGUCAGGAAGAAAUCCUGUCAAAGAUCGAGAAAUUGUCCGAAGUUAACCCAAUGCUUGGUCUUAGAGGCUGCAGGCUUGGAAUAUCAUGCCCUGAAUUGACGGAGAUGCAGGCACGAGCUAUAUUUGAGGCUUCGCUCUUGGUAAGCAAGGAGGGCAUCACGGUCCAUCCCGAGAUAAUGGUUCCGCUCGUUGGAACACCUCAGGAGCUAGAGCAUCAGGUCAAUCUGAUACAGAGUGUGGCAAAGAAAGUGUUCUCUGAGAUUGGUUCUUCCAUAAGCUAUGAGGUGGGGACCAUGAUCGAGGUCCCGAGGGCAUGCUUUGUUGCAGAUGAGAUAGCGAAGAACGCAGAGUUUUUCUCCUUUGGGACGAACGAUCUUACACAGAUGGCUUUUGGGUACAGCAGAGAUGAUGUUGGCAAGUUCUUGCCAACAUAUCUCUCAGAGGGCAUUCUGCAAACCGAUCCGUUUGAGGUACUCGAUCGGAAAGGCGUGGGGGAACUGAUCAAGAUUGCGAUAGAAAAGGGACGGAAAGCUAGGCCUUCCUUAAAGGUCGGAAUAUGCGGGGAGCGGGGAGAACCAUCGUCUGUCGCGUUCUUCGCAGAGGUUGGGCUGGACUACGUGUCUUGCUCGCCAUUUAGGGUUCCUAUUGCAAGGCUAGCUGCAGCUCAAGUUGCUGCAUGAAGAGUAGAGUUGGCUAUGUUCUCCUGUAUUUCUAGAGAAGUCUCAAUUGGCAAAAUAACACAUCCUUAUAGGAUGCUCAUGAUGAUGAUGAUCAAUUCCUUGUAAAAUGAGUAACUAUGCGAGUGCCAUGCACACGCAGCCUGACUGAGCUUUGUACGCACUCUAUGCUUGUAAGACUCAUCUGACG